CGCGGAGCGGAGGCUGGCGCCGGGGACCAUGAGCGGCAGCGCCGAUCCCGACCCCGCGCCCGCGGCCCCGGCGGCUCCGCCGGGCCCCGCCGAGGCCAGCAAGCCCAGCCCGGCCGCCGUGGGCUCCGCCGGGCCCGGGGCGGCGCCAGCUGCGGGGGGCGGCGCGGCGCGGGCCACCGAGGGCUGCGCGGGCGGCGGGCGGGGGCCCGUGCCGGUGUCCGCGGCCGUGGCCGCCCCCCCGGACGGGGCCAUGUCCAACGGCGUGUACGUGCCGCCCGCCGCCAACGGCGACGUGAAGCCCGUGGUGUCCACCACGCCGCUCGUGGACUUCCUCAUGCAGCUCGAGGACUACACGCCCACGAUCCCGGACGCCGUCACGGGGUAUUACCUGAACCGGGCAGGGUUUGAGGCCUCGGACCCGCGCAUAAUCCGCCUGAUCUCGCUGGCGGCACAGAAGUUCAUCUCAGACAUCGCCAACGACGCCCUGCAGCACUGCAAAAUGAAGGGCACGGCCUCGGGCAGCUCCCGCAGCAAGAGCAAGGACAAGAAGUACACGCUGACCAUGGAGGACCUGACGCCGGCGCUGGCCGAGUACGGCAUCAACGUGAAGAAGCCACAUUACUUCACGUAGAGCACGGGGAGCUUGGGCAGUUUGUAGGGGUUGUGGUGGUGCCAUUAAACACCUCGCAGGGUUUUGUGGGAA